AAGCUUAGAGGAAACGCCUACUUGGGCUGUGGCUCUUGUUUGCUUUGUCUUGCUCUUAAUUUCUAUUUUCAUGGACCACAUCUUCCACCUCAUAGCAAAAUGCUUGAGGAAGAAGCGCAAGAAAGCUCUCUACGAGUCACUUGCAAAGAUCAAGUCUGAGCUUAUGUUAAUGGGGUUCAUAUCGCUGCUGCUAACGGUGUUACAAGGUCCAAUAUCGAGGAUAUGUGUACCGGAAAAGCUUGCUGCCACGUGGCACCCCUGCAAUCAUCAACAAGAGUCAGAGGACCAUCAUGUAUUUUUACUAGCACCUGGAUCAUCUACUCAUCAAUCAAAUUUAUUGACUAAGUAUAGAUGUAUGCAGGGUAAAGUGGCGCUUGUAUCAGCUCAAAGCAUUCAUCAACUGCACAUAUUUAUCUUCGUGCUCGCUCUUUUUCAUGUUCUUUACUGCAUAUUUACUCUCGUUUUAGGCACUGCAAAGAUGAGAAGGUGGAAACAAUGGGAAGAGGAAACAAAGACACCUGAGUAUCAAUUUUCACAUGAUCCUGAAAAGUUCAGACUUACGAGGCAGACUUCCUUUGGGAAGAGACAUUUGAGUGUGUGGACCACAAAUCCUAUUCUCGUUUGGAUUGUUUGUUUCUUCAGGCAGUUUGUAUGCUCAGUACCUAAAGUGGAUUACUUGACCUUGAGACAUGGGUUUGUCAUGGCACACUUGGCACCUCAAAGUCACCAGAAGUUUGAUUUUAUGCAAUACAUUGAAAGAACAUUGGAAGAGGACUUCAAAGUUGUUGUAGAAAUCAGUCCUCCAAUCUGGUUCAUCACAGUGUUGUUUCUCCUGUUUCACACGCAUGGGUGGUACUCUUAUCUGUGGAUGCCUUUUGUUCCUUUGAUUAUAAUUGUAAUAGUUGGAAGCAAGUUGCAAGUGAUAAUAACAAAGAUGGGUCUUAGAAUUGGAGAAAGAGGAGAGAUAGUAAAAGGCACACCGGUGGUGCAGCCUGGUGAUGACCUCUUCUGGUUUAAGAAGCCUCAACUUAUGCUCUACCUCAUUAAUUUUGUACUCUUUCAGAACGCUUUCCAGCUUGCUUUCUUUUCUUGGACUGCGCUUCAAUUUGGAAUGAAAUCAUGUUUCCAAUCGAAAACGGAGGAUGUGGUUAUCAAAAUCUCAAUGGGGAUAUUGGUUCAAAUACUUUGCAGCUACGUGACUCUUCCACUCUAUGCUCUGGUGACACAGAUGGGCUCAAAUAUGAAGCCCACCAUAUUCAACGAAAGAGUAGCAACUGCUUUAAGGAAUUGGCACCAAAGCGCCAAGAGAAACAUAAAAAAGAAGAACCGUGCUGGAUCCUCCUUCUCUCAAACCACAACUCCAUCUCCAAACCACUCUUACGACGCUGAUUCUCUUUCGUCCUCCAACGGGGCCAGGGCCCACUCUUGUUUUUCUUCUUCGUCUUCCUUUUCCAACUCAUCUAGUCACCACGAAAUUGAAAUAGCCCAUGUGGCCCAUUACCAGCACCAGAAUCUCAAAGAGCCCAAUUCCGUACAUGUUGCUUCAGAUCUACCACUGCCCCAACAUGAAAUUCAGAUUGAAACCAGCAAGUAAUUUUGGAGGAUUCUUACUUCUUAGUAGCAAAUAUGACUUGGAAAUUCGGAUUUUUUUUUCCCCUUAAACGAUGUAGAGAAAGGAACAAAUUAUGGUUAGUUGAUG